UUGCAAAAAUUAGAAGAAUUGUACAUGGUAUACUGUGGAUUUGAGGAGGACGGGUGGUGUGUAGCUGAGGGACCAGAAGAAGUAACCAAUAUUAUUAGGUUUGAUGAGUUAGCUGGUUUAUCAAAUUUGAAAAUAUUGCAGGUUGGCUUAUCCGAUGAAAGUUUCAUCCCUAAAAAUGUUGAGGUCGCACCAGAUUGGGAUUACUUUUGUAUAACUAUCAACAGCAGAUGCACCAACACUCGAUCCGCGUCCCUUGCAUACAAACAAGGAGAUCGUAAUUCAAGAUCCUUGUUUCUUAAUGGAGCAACCAUCAGUACCUUGCCUGAUUGGUUUAUCAAAGCGGUGACAGAGAAAACAGAGAAGCUAGAGUAUAACUGCUGCGGGGGGAUGAGUGACAUUGUUAUGGAAUAUGACCAUUGGAGGUUACAUAAACUCAAGCAUCUCACAGUUGCUUGGAACAAGUUGAAAGAGUUGAUGAACACAACAAGACGAGUUGAAACAGGACCAGUGUUUGAGAAUUUGGAAGAGUUGCAUCUGUAUCUGAAGCACCCGGUGGAGUUGUGUGUUGGUGAGUUACCACCUGGGUCUCUCUCUAAUCUCAAGGUGUUUCAUGUGUAUCAGAUGAUUUUGAGGAGUACGAUUUUGAGGAGUGUAUCAAAAUUUGUACAGAGACUACCAAAUCUGGAGAAACUAGUUUUAAAAUCUCUGUAUAAAUUGGAAUAUGUGUUCAGAUGCGAAGGGGUCGAGCCAGAACAAUCAAAACUGAGAGAGAUGCAUUUGUUGUGGCUAUUUUCACUAAGAAGCAUAUGUAGUGGUCCUGCCCCACGUGCAAUGUUCCAGAGUCUUCAGAUUUUGACGAUUUACCGUUGCCAGCGGCUGCAAAGUCUGUUCGCAUAUGAUGUGGCUGAGUGUCUUGUUCAAUUGGAAGACCUUCUUGUAGAGGAUUGCCCUUUGUUGGAAAGAGUAAUGGAAGCAGUGAACAAGGAGAAGACGGUUCUACCAAAACUGAAGAACUUGGUUUUGAAGAAUCUUCCUAUUUUGUAUGGUGCAAUUGCUGCCGUUGAUAUUGAGUGUCCUUCAUUGGAACACUUGAUCGUGGUGGAUUGCCCCCAUAUUCCAUUUUCAACCACUUCCUAUCUCUUCUACUCCUUAGAAUCCAAAAGCAGGAGCCGGUAUUCAUUUUCAUCCUCCGCUUCUGACUACUUUGGCAGCACGUACCCAGUCCAACUUAAUGAUCCAGAAUCGUACAACUUUUUAAGUGGCAGUGAAGUACGAUCUGAUGCAAUUAAUUCUAUGCGUUCGAGAUUUCCAAGAAUAUCAAUCAACAGAAGAAGCCAUGCACAAGGUUAUCAAAACUGUAUCUAGUCAAUUCAUUCAGGCUUGAUUUAUUUAAGAAAUUAUGAAUUUUUUUGGGUUGUAAGUGGAAAUACACUCUGCAUAUGAAGCAGAUAUUUGUAACCUAUGAAUUGGUACUACUAUUCACACACACAUGUACAUAUAAAAUAUA